GAUCAACUGCAUAGACAAGUUCGAAGGAGGACAUAUAUAUGUGAUUGAAGAUUCUGACAGAAAGACACUGGUUUAGUGAAAACAAGUCAACAAGCUAAGAACAAAUAGGCAUACAUCAACCGUGCGCAUGUGACAGACUUAUAGAUCCUUCUUCACUCUACCUUUUUCUGUUCAUCAUCUGAUGAACACAUGUCAGGAUCUGAUUCAGCAGUCACCCCAAAGGAAUGAUAUCCAUCAUGUGCGUGUGAUUUUUCCGUGUGACCAGCCAACAGACACACCAAUCAGGGUCUCUGCCAGAACCAACUGGACACAACAAGCAGUGUCUCUGACAGAGCCAACUAAUCAAAACAAGUAGGGUCUCUGCCAGAACCAACUGGACACAACAAGCAGUGUCUCUGACAGAGCCAACUAAUCAAAACAAGUAGGGUCUCCGCCAGAGCUAACUGGACACAAAGAGCAGGGUCUCUGCCAGAGCUAACUGGACACAACGGGCAGGGUCUCUGCCAGAACCAACUGGACAAAACCAGCAGCGUCUCUGCUAGAGCCAACUGGACAACUUGAGCAGGGUCUCUGCCAGAGCCAACUGGACACAAGAAGCAGGGUCUCUGCCAGAGCCAACUGGACACAACAAGCAGGGUCUCUGCCAAAGCCAACUAGACAUAACAAGCAGGACAUCCAAUCUGCCAUUCACCAAAUUCCCAAUGUCACUGAAAUAAACAUAGGACAAGGAGAAGAAUGAGUGACUCUGAUAGUGAUGGCGAUAGGCCAUGUUUUGGUCAGGGUGCUGCCUUCUCUGGCGGUGUGCCCUCCGAGCACAUGUUCGGGUCAAUGUCGGAGUCAACAACAACAGAAUCAUCCGAUUUUGAGGAAGUCGACCAACCGCUUGCCAAAAAGAUGAAACUCUUGCCUGAACCAGAAAAAACGGAGGGGGAGGAAAAGGAGAUUGAUAACAUUGUUGCACCUUUUACUACAUCAGUCAAAAAGAAGGCGGCUAGCUAUGGGAAAUUUGCUACAACUAUGCUGGCAAAAAUGGGCUACAAGGAAGGGAAAGGUUUAGGAAAACAUGGUCAGGGUCGAACCGAAAUCGUGGAGGCAUCCAAACAGAGAGGAAGGCGAGGUUUGGGUUUACAUAUCGAUGGCUUUGAGCCAGCGGAAGAUGUGGUUUGGAAUUCUGAGAUGGAAGAGAUAACCUCUGAAGAAAAAGUUGAAUGGCUGCCAACCUGUAGCAACCCUAUACCGGAUCCAGACACUAUGAAAACCUGGAUGAAAGAAGGAUUGAGGUCAUCUGUCAAGGAAGACGAGACAGAAUUUGGUGAUUUGAAGAUCUUAAAGGGCGGCCUUGCUUGCAAGAGUGUCUUUGAUCAGUUGGAGAGUGAAGAGAUGAGAAGGGCCAGAACCAAGUCCAAUCCAUACGAGACAAUAAGAGGAGCCAUUUUCCAGAACAGGGCAGCAAUGAAGAUGGCCAACAUGGACUAUAUGUUCGACUUUAUCUUCACUGCUCCAAGGGACGAGGAAGGGAGACCAGUUGUACCACCCCACGAGCUUCUUUACUUUGCUGACAUAUGUGCUGGGCCAGGUGGAUUCAGUGAAUACGUGCUCUGGAGGAAGAAACUGAAUGCAAAAGGUUUUGGGUUCACACUGAAAGGUCCAUGUGAUUUCAAAUUGGAAGAAUUCUUCACAGCUCCCAGUGAAGCCUUCGAGCCAUUUUAUGGUGUUGGUGGCGUUGAAGGAGAUGGUGAUGUCUACAGACCAGAUAAUCUCAUUGCGUUCAGGAAGUUUGUCAUGGAGAAUACAGACAAUAAAGGAGUCCACUUCGUCAUGGCUGAUGGGGGUUUCUCGGUCGAAGGCAAAGAAAACCUGCAAGAAAUUCUAUCCAAGAGGCUUUACCUGUGUCAGUUCCUUUCAGCACUGUCAAUUCUCAGAGUUGGUGGCCAUUUUGUUUGUAAACUGUUUGAUGUUUACACGACGUGGAGUGUCGGACUGGUCUAUCUGAUGAACCAUAUCUUCAAACAAGUGUCCAUAUUCAAACCAGUUACAAGUCGACCUGCUAACUCAGAACGAUAUAUCAUCUGUAAACACCUGAAAGAGGGCCACUGGCCGGUCCACAACUAUAUGUUUGAGGUCAACCUUGAGCUUCAUAAAUUAGGUGAAUUCUCACAGGAAGACAUCGUGGAAGUUGUACCUUUAGACAUUCUCAAAGCUGAUAUGCCAUUCUAUAAUGCCAUGGUCUUUUCCAACGAUUCAUUUGGAAGAAAACAGGUGCUGAAUCUCAAGAAGAUACAAAUAUUUGCCAAAAAUCCAGAUCUGCAUGAAGGAAAACAAGCUGAUAUGAGGAAGGAAUGUUUGAUGAAGUGGAAAAUUCCAGAUGAAACCAGAUCUGCUCCAGAUAAGGAGGAUCCGGGGCGGGCGUUUCAGAGAUUGAUGAACGCUGAGAGUAAAGAGUACCUCAGUGACAAGACGUCCACAUUGGAUGCGAAGAGGUUACAUUCUGUGAAGAGUCUGUAUGAUUACAGAGCAAUGGUGCUAGCAUCUAAGGAAAGACAUUUCAUUUUGAGUAAAGGGCGCUCACACAUCUUCAAGUGGGAUGGCCGGGGGCAAGGAAAAUGGAAGAAACUGGAGACGUCUGCUGAGGGUGGUAUGAUCAUCAAGUUAGAACUGCCAAAAGACACACUGCUGGAAGUUGAAUUUGUACAAGAACUGAGAGGGGAGGGGAAGGGUCAAAGAAAGGUGCUAGCUGUUCAUAUUAUAGACGUUCUCAUGAUCUAUGGUGACGAUAUGAGGGCGCACCAUUUCAACGACCGAAUGGAAAGGCUGAAGAGGUUCACAAAAGCUAUAAAUAAACCAAGUAGAUCCGACCUGGCUCCCAUUCGCGUCAAAGAUAUCUUUAAACUUGAACACCUGGAGGAAAUAAAUGAAAGGUUACAAUUGAAGUUGGUGAAAGGCUGGGGCCGGGAGCCGCGACGAUGCUACUGUGGCUCUGGAGGAAGGGCGUUCAUGCCGUCGGGGAUAUUCUUGAUCAAGACAGUAAAAGAUCCGUGGUCAAUGGCUUGGAGUAGGUCAAACAAUAAGAAAUAUUUCUACAACCUUGUGACAAAACAGUCCACUUUUGAAUUACCUUUGGAAUCGAUAGCUUCUUACAAGGAUUGCCAUUCAACGAGGCUGCUGUGGUCCUGGCCCUCAUCGGAGGUCAGGAGUAGUGAUUCAGUGCAGUGGGAAGAGCUCAUUGACUUUGUCAAAUCUAAGAAGUGAAUGGUGACAUGACAUGAACCCUUGUUGGGCUCUAAGAGAGUCUAGAUAGUGGAUUCCCUGCAUUCAACGUGCUUGCAGUGUUCUUGGCCAUCACCAGUGGAAUAAUGCAGUGAUCAUGAGGAGCUCACCAACUUUGUCAAAUUUAAAAAGUGAACAGUGGCGUUAUAUGCUGAUAGAGACAUGAAAGACAUUCCCUUAGUGGGCUCUGUGACUGUCAAAAUAGUUGAUAUUCUGACAUUCAGCUUAGUUACCGUGUUCUAGGCAAUCGCCACAAGACCAAAACAGUGUUGGUGUCACGUGGGAGGACCUCAUCGACUCUGACAAAUGCAGAAAGUGAGCACAGACAUGAUUUGUCAAUAAAGAAUGUAAGUUAAUCUAUACCAUGGUAUGAAGAACUGAUUGACUUUGUCAGAGAGUGAAUGCUACUGUCUUUAUUUGCUGAUAGAGGGAGGACAGAUGUGACUAUGUUGAAGCAAAAGUCAAAUUCAAGGCCAUGAUGUCAGAAUGAUGAUCAUACAUGUAGGCUGUUAGUUAGAAUCCUGGAUUCCCUCAAAGGCAGUAAUAUAUGUGAAUUACACAGAGACUGAAAUCAUUUUCAUCAUCAUCAUCAUCGUCAACAUCAUCACAGCGUCUCAUCACUUAUGUGUGAUAUUCGCCGAUUCUUGUUUAGAAUUUCUUGACAGAUCCCAUUCAAACUAAAGGUAUCUGAUGGGGUGGGGUGGGGUAGGCAAGCUUUAGUCAAGCUUUAGAUGUUGUGAACAAAUUCAUGUUCCUAAAGCUCUUGUUUUGUUUUUAUACAUGUAUAUUGUUAUGUGAAUUGCUUUGUAUUAUUUCUUUUUAAGAAAAAUAUGAGAUUGCUACA